UAUACUACUUUUACUAAUCACCAAUUACCAAUCGACAUUGGUGAUAUUAGUAUUACUAGUAGUAUUGGUAAUACUGGUGAUGCUGGUAAUACUAGUAGUACUGGUGAUACUGGUAAUGCUGGUAGUACUAGUAAUGCUGGUGAUACUGGUGAUACUAGUAAUACUGUGGUGCUAGUGAUACUGGUGA